AAUCAAUCAAACUAGGUCAUGAAAGCGUUCAGACGGUUUUGACAGGUAUGAUAAUGUUGCUAACUAAGGGUCACGGCGUCCGCCAGCGGUCAACAGUUAUGUUUGUCCCGCGUGGAUUUCUUUUAGCUAAAUUGAAGGCUGUUCUGUUUUGAAUUUGAUCAUCGAUGGCUCCGGAGAAACGCGGAAAAAAACACAAGUCCCUGCUGGAUAUACUAGCCUAGCAGCCUGAAAAAGGAAGCCAUUGUUUGAGUACUCAGCUAACAUGGCAACGAAAGCUACCAAAAGGGAGUCCCUGCAGCAAAAUGGAAGAAGAUACUGAUGAGGUCGUCUUACAUGAUGUGUGACAGCAGUGAAGCCAGCGGGCAAUCCCUCUCUCCAUCGUCGUGGUCCAGCUCCUCUGUUUCCCCAUUUUCCUAGUCUUUAUCCCCAUCCGGCUGAGAUGACCGACAGAAAGGAGCCUCCCUUCUUUAAUGAUGACAGUGUGGGGGCUUUUCAGUAUAAGCUCCCAUUCUAUGACACUAUGGAGCUCUUCAUCGAGACCCUGACGGGGACUUGUUUUGAGCUGCGUGUGUUGCCCUUUGAGGCUGUGUUUUCAGUCAAAGCGAAGAUCCAGAGGCUGGAAGGUAUCCCUGUUGCCCAACAGCAUCUUAUCUGGAAUAAUGUAGAGCUGGAUGAUGAACAUUGUCUGCAUGAUUAUGGCAUUGCAGAGGGCUGCACUUUAAAGUUGGUGUUGGCUAUGAGAGGAGGACCAAUCAACACCAGAAGGGUAACCAUGGAAGACCCAAUCAAAGAAGUCGCUGACUUAAUGGAAAACACAAAAGAUGAAGGUUGGGACAAGAACCUGCCAAACAAGCAGGUUACAUUUGUGGUGUACCGCGAGGGCGAUCAGCUGAACUUCUUCAGAGUCGCCGACAGAGGAGACGGAUCCUUGACUCCUCUGUCUGAAUCAUUAAGUGGUGGUUCGGUGUACAAUUUGUAUGCAGAGGAGGAGGACCGAGAGGGUUCUGCAGCUGCACAGCAGAGCCUUGAGAACUCCAUCACCAUGACUAAAAUGAAGCUUCUCAAAGCCAAAAUGGAGAGUAUGAACAUCAACAAGAAGAAACAAGCAAAGGUGAAGCCACGGGCUGCAGUUUCUCCACAUCCCUGCGGGGGCGCUCUCGGUCCCUCCAGUACGCGGAACCACCACCGUCUGUUUCGCCCGCUCCCUCAGAUCAACCCGGCUCGACAGAAAAAUGGCCUACUGCCCCCCAUUGUAGACCACGAAUUUACAGAUGCCUCUCCGCCCCAAACUCCUUCCACCUCCUCUCACGUAACAGUCCCCACGCGGUCUCCUCCUGCUUUCCCGUCGCCCACGUGUUACAUGCUUCAAGAGGAGAAACCAUGGGAGAUGCACCCACCGUUCGCAAAGAUCCUCCCCCCUCCCAAAGUGUCGCGGUUGGACAUUGGCAGCAACAGGUUGAUGAGAGACUGUAUUUUUCCUCAGCUCCCACCAUUGUGUACCAGGGGGCCGCCGAAAGCCCCGUUUGACCCGGUGGAGCCUUCUGGGGAGAUGAUGGGUUUGGGUUUACUAGAAGAACCGGUUGGUCUGGUGGCGCAAACGGAAGCUGCUGCUCCGUUUGUGUCGGAUCCUCUAAGGUUGGAUGUGUCCAUCCAGCCAGACGGAGGUCUUGAACCCCUGGAUGUUGAAACUCAGUACCAGCUGCCGCACUCCCCCUCCCCACUCACCACCUGGACAAUAGACGCGAGUGACCCCCUCCCCACGAGAGCUGACGAGAGACGGCUUGGCACAUCACUGCAUAUCAGUCCUCCCUCUUCAUCAGCUGCCUCCACUUCACCGUCAACUUCAACCAGAUUGCUGUCUGAGCCUUUUGAUUCCACACCCUGUUUACAGUCUAACCUACAAGCACAGUCCCCCCGCCCCCCACCCACCUUGUCGAGUUGUUCCCCCCGCCUGCGCUGUGUUCAGGUCGAGUCUCCAGGCAGGAGAGCAGAGCUCCUCUCUAAGAGGGAAGCACGGGGCCUCGCCAAGAUGGCCAACCAGGUCUGCAAAGAGCCGCUGGAGCCUUUGAACAACCCGGAGCUCUUUGCUUCCCUCUCCACCACAGCACCAGUCAACAAGAGCAGGGACCGGCCGGGGAGGAGCCUGGGACUUGCACUGACUCUGCCCCCAGCCACUGGCGGCCUUGGUUCCAGGCUGUCCCCCAUACCUGCCAACAGUUUCUAUCAGGACGAAGUCAUCCGACAAAUGUCACCAGUGCUCCGAUCAGCAGCCUCCUAUAUGACCAACAACUGUCUCGCGUCCGCUGGAGGAGUCGUGGCUGCAGCGGGAGCGUUAGGCACUCCAAUGUACCACCUACCUCCAGUCAAAGCACCAACAGGCACAAAGAAGAAGAGCUCAAAGCAUUGCUUCUUUUGUGGGAAGAAGACUGGGCUGGCCACCAGCUACGAGUGCAGAUGUGGCCACAAUUUUUGUGCCACUCACCGCUACGCAGAGACGCACGACUGCACGUUUGACUACAAGAGUGCCGGACGGCGAUUUCUGCAUGAAACCAACCCUCUCAUCAGCGCUCCAAAGCUGCCCAAAAUCUAAACCCCUGCAAGCCCCACGCCGGACCAGGAGAGGGGACCAGUUCAGCCGACUGUGGAGCAAAAGAAGAGCAGAACCUUAAACCACCACUGUGUGCUUUUUAUAAAAAUAAAAAAAAAAAUCAGCCAAGCUCACUUCAACUUUGAGUAAACAUGCUGUUUUAGCCAAGUGGACUCUGGUGGCACAGAACUGUCUAUCACCUUUUAGAAAAUGUGAAAAAAUGGUUCCUCCCCCCUUUCUGUCUGUUACUUUGCUUCUUUUCUUUUGUUACAGAAAAAGAACUGCAUGCAUGUAGGUAGUUUUUACUAAAUAUAUCUGUUGCACGUUUUUUAGGACCGCUAUUGACCUUCUCUGACAAGUCUUUAACAGAUGCACUUUAGAACUAUAUUUAUACAUUUACUUGUCGCUCGGAGCAGCUGUGUACAUCCCCGUGUUUGUUUGAAGAAGUGUUCCGUCGAAUCCAGAUUUUUUUUUUUAAAUAUUCUGCACAUCUCGUCUUUUCUUACCCGGGCACAUACAACAUCUCUAAUAUGUUUUUCUUUAUAGAAGAAAAAGUUAAUCCACUUAUUGAUGAGGUACUUAAUAUUUAUUAAUGAAUGUUACUUGUUUAGAUUCAUGGCUGGUUUUCAAAUGGUAAGUAUGCAACGUGUGUACGUGUGAAUGUUAGUUUUAUGUCUGCAUAAUAAACUAAAUUGUAUUAGGGCUGGGAGGCGGGGCUAGGAUAUGGUAUUUAUGAUGUGUUUACAGUGAGGUGGUUGCCAUAUUAAUCUUUUUGUAAUCCUUUUUUUUCUUUUUCUUCUGGUUAAGCUGUUGCAAAAUCUUUAAAUGCUGGUGAAAUAUCUACUGGGAUAUGAUCUAUUAAACUUUCUUUCUAUAGAUUCUGUGGUCAAUCCCA